GGAAGCAGCACGUUAGGAAGCGCAGGCAGUCCGGUUAGUUUUGAGCAGACAGAGGGGGUUAAACAGUAAUGGGUAUCUAGAGUAAAAUAUCGCUGUUCAUUCCUACUUUAUUGUAGCCAUUUUUUUUCUAAUUUUAGGACAGUAUUUUAAUUUUUUUUAAAAAUGUUUUAUAAAACUGUCAGGCAUGGAGGUAAUUUCGCCUUUGCCCUGCUGGUUAUCUUUUUGUUGUCGGCCAGAGUCGGCGGUAUUCAGGAAGACAAACCACAAGAGCAGCCUCAGCAUCUGCAACAAGAGAAGUUGCCUACCCAGCGUCUUCUAGGUCCUGCAGUGGGUGAGGAUGCUGCCACCAAAGGGAACCUGGGGUUUAUUCAUGCCUUUGUGGCUGCAAUAUCUGUUAUCAUCGUCUCCGAGCUGGGUGAUAAGACCUUCUUUAUUGCAGCUAUCAUGGCCAUGCGCUACAAUCGCUUGACUGUGCUGGCAGGAGCAAUGCUUGCACUAGGGGUGAUGACCUGUUUGUCAGUUCUGUUUGGGUAUGCCACCACUAUCAUCCCCAGAAUAUAUACCUACUACGUGUCAACAGCAUUGUUUGCCAUCUUUGGAAUCCGGAUGCUUCGAGAGGGGUAUAAAAUGAGUCCUGAUGAAGGACAGGAAGAGCUGGAGGAAGUUCAAGCAGAAAUUAAGAAAAAAGAUGAAGAACUCCAGAGAUCCAAGUUGGUAAACAGCAGCCCAGAUGUUGAAGCAGGGGCAGGAAACAAGGUGCCACAGAAGAGCUGGCACAAUAUCAUUUCUCCAAUCUUCGUUCAGGCGUUUACACUCACGUUCCUUGCAGAAUGGGGAGACCGGUCUCAGCUAACAACAAUUGUCCUGGCAGCAAGGGAGGAUCCAUUUGGAGUGGCAGUUGGUGGAACACUUGGGCAUUGCUUAUGUACAGGACUUGCAGUGAUUGGAGGAAGAAUGAUAGCACAGAAAAUAUCUGUCAGAACUGUUACGAUUAUAGGUGGCAUUGUGUUCUUGGCAUUUGCAUUCUCUGCACUUUUCAUCAAACCAGAUGCUGGAUUUUAAUCUUAAACCUUCAUCCCCAAUGUCUUGGGUGAAUACAGAAGACAGUUAGGUAAUUUUGUCUUGUAUAUAUGUACAAUUGUUCUACUCCGGAAACAGCAGGCUAUACAUCCUGUCAAAGGUCUGACUGUAUAGUACAGUUAUAGUUUCAAUGUGUUUUUUGUGAGUUUGCAACCCAUUCACUGAAUCAGUGUGCUAAUUGAGGAUAACAAAAAGUAGUAGCAAAAUAAAUUUAGCCACCAACAUUUUAAGUUUUAAACCCUGAGUACAGUAUAAUUUCCAGGUGUAUUCCUUCAAAGCAUUUUUUGUUUAAAAUAUUUAGACCAGUGUAAAGGAUUUUUGUUUUUCUCCCAACUUGAUUGUGUUUUCUUCUUUUUUUUUUUUUUUAAAUUAAGUACUGCAUGUCAGGGAAUUUUUACAUUGGUGGGUUGAAAACUUACAAGGUACAGUGACUACAUUGUCAAUAUUUGACAAACUGCAGCAAACUAAGAAAAUGAUUAUUGUAAUCCUGCAGAAAAGAUUGUACAGCCUGAUCCAUGUAAAUAAUGGUUAAAAGGCAAGUGUAUCACAAUAAAGUUGAUGUGUUUGAA